CGGCAUCGACCUAAAACACCGUAUAACACCGCGUACCGCUAAUCAAUUCCAAUACUGACAUUCGCAUUGCUGCUCGCUUGGUCUGAACGGAUCACGGUUGCAACGCCGCGGCAAGCCGUGCGCCUCCUGCGGGGCACGCUGCACUCUCUGAAAUGUUAUCCUGAUGAGAUUCAGGCGGCGCCGUAGCACGGUUAUGCAUCUCAGCAAUGCGAGGCCAUGCGACGAGCGCAGCGCACAAUGGAUGCGCGUCAGAUGAUGCAUUUGCAGCUCGGUUGGCCAGCACACACGUCGUCGCGCAUGCGCCCCGCUUGACCAGCACACACGAGGCGCUGUCGCCGCGGUAUUGCAAGAAACACACGCCAGACGCCGUCGCCGCGCUCACACAUGCGCACCCUCGAGACGCCGUCGCCACGCAGGCACAAACAAAGAUGGCCGCCAUGAUGGACUUGGAACGGACCUACAUCAUGAUCAAGCCCGACGGCGUCCAGCGCGGUCUUAUUGGAGACAUCGUCAAGCGCUUCGAGCAGAAGGGCUUCAAGCUCGUCGCGGCCAAGCUCUACAGCCCGUCGCGCGCGCACUUCGAGAAGCACUACGAGGACCUGAAGGGCAAGAAGUUCUUCCCGUCGAUGAUCGACUACAUGAUCACGGGCCCCGUCUUCUGCAUGGUCUGGGCCGGCAAGGGCGCCGUGAAGACGGGCCGCAAGAUGCUCGGCGAGACGAACCCCGCCGACUCGCUGCCCGGGUCCAUCCGCGGCGACUUCUGCAUCGACAUCGGGCGCAACAUCUGCCACGGCUCCGACACCGUCGAGAACGCGGAAAAGGAGAUCGCGCUCUGGUUCCCGGAAGGCACGAACGCGUGGACGUCGCACUCGCAGGGCUGGAUCUACGAGUAGAUUCCUUGGCGUAAGGUGGUUCCAAGUA